UCCAACUAGAACACUUGAGAUUCAAUUCAUGCUAAAAUCGACCUCAAAACCCUCCUUCUCCACCUAAAAAUCACAGCAUCCGGCCAGUUAAGCAUCACUUUAUGUAGUUAGCUAAAGACCCGCGAGAUCCGUCCUCUGAGUCGUUGUUCUAAUUGAUUGUCUUAUGAUAGUUGUCUCUAAUGGAAGUCCCCACAUCGUCUUCGGAUUUCUACGCGCAUUUACUCCAAACAAGCCUCAAGACCAAAGACUCAUUUGCUGGAAAAUUGAUUCAUGCUCGAAUAAUCAAAGCCGGGCUUCACCUCGGUGUUUUCUUGAUGAAUAAUCUCAUGAACUUCUAUGCAAAAAGUGGGUAUGUUUCAGAUGCUCACCGUAUACUCGAUGAAAUGACUGCCAAGACUAUAUUCUCCUGGAAUACAAUGCUUUCGGCAUAUGCCAAGCAGGGUAGGUUAGAUGAAGCUCGUCGUGUUUUUAAUGAAAUUCCAGAUCGUGACUCUGUUUCGUGGACUGCCAUGAUAGUCGGAUAUAAUCAGAUGGGUCGUUUUGAAAAUGCGAUUCGGAUGUUUGUAGAGAUGAUAGGAAGUGGAGUGGCACCAACCCAGUAUACCAUCACUAAUGUUCUUGCUUCAUGUGCUGCAAUUGAAGCUCUGGAAAUUGGUAGGAAAGUUCACUCCUUUGUUGUUAAACUUGGCCUCCGUAGUUGUGUUCCUGCGACGAAUUCAUUGCUAAACAUGUACGUGAAGUGUAGUGAUCCAUUAACAGCCAAAGUAGUUUUUGAUAGGAUGAGAGUGAAGAACACGUCAAGCUGGAACGUAAUGAUUUCAUUACAUAUGCAGUCGAGUCGGGUUGACCUCGCUCUUGCCCAAUUCCAACAAAUGGCAGAACGAGAUGUAGUUUCGUGGAAUUCAAUGAUUGCAGGUUGCAGCCAGCAUGGUUUUAAUCUUGAAGCACUGGAAAUCUUCUCAAACAUGUUGAAGGAUGUUUUAUGGAAGCCUGAUAAGUUCACAUUGGCGAGUGCUUUGUCAGCCUGUGCCAACCUCGAGAAGUUAAGUCUUGGGAAACAAAUCCAUUCUUAUAUCAUUAGAACUGAGUUCGAAACCUCUGGGGCAGUCAGGAAUGCUUUGAUUUCAAUGUAUGCCAAGUCUGGUGGGGUUGAAAUUGCAAGGAAGAUUGUAGAGCAAAGUGGAUAUUUGGAUCUCAAUGUUAUAGCUUUUACAGCCCUGUUGGAUGGCUACAUCAAGCUUGGGGAAAUAAAACCAGCCAGACAGAUAUUUGACUCACUAAGAGAACGUGAUGUGGUUGCAUGGACAGCCAUGAUUGUAGGUUAUGUGCAGAAUGGUUUGUAUAAUGAUGCUCUGGAGCAUUUUAGAUCAAUGGUUUUAAAGGGUCCCAAGCCAAACAGUCACACUCUUGCGGCCGUGUUAAGUGUCAGUUCAAGCUUGGCUUCUUUGUAUUAUGGCAAGCAAAUUCAUGCAAGUGCCAUAAGAUCAUGGGAAGCAUCGUCAGUUUCUGUGAGCAAUGCUCUAAUUACCAUGUAUGCUAAAGCUGGAAGCCUUAACAAUGCAAAGCACGUAUUCAAUCUAAUAAGGCAGAAUAGAGAUACUGUAUCUUGGACUUCCAUGAUUAUGGCUUUGGCUCAGCAUGGUCAUGGAGAAGAAGCCAUAGAACUUUUUGAAGAGAUGCUGGCAGGUGGUAUUAAGCCUGACCAUAUAACUUAUGUUGGUGUGCUCUCUGCCUGUACUCAUGUGGGAUUGGUCAAACAAGGAAGGAAAUAUUAUUAUCUGAUGCAAGAUCUUCAUAAAUUUGAACCCAGCUUAAGCCAUUAUGCAUGCAUGAUUGACCUGUUUGGGCGUGCAGGAUUGCUACAAGAAGCACAUGAUUUCAUAAAAAGUAUGCCUGUCGAACCAGAUGUUAUAUCUUGGGGUUCGCUUUUAGCUUCUUGUAAGGUUCACAAAAACAUGGAGUUAGCAAAAGUUGCAGCAGAAAGAUUGCUUCUUAUUGAGCCUGACAACAGCGGGGCAUACUCAGCCCUUGCCAAUCUAUAUUCAGCUUGUGGGAGAUGGAAGGAUGCUGCUGAAAUUAGAAAAUCAAUGAGAGAUAGAGGAGUGAAGAAAGAUCAAGGAUUCAGUUGGCUUCAGAUACAGAACAGAGUCCAUGUCUUUGGGGUGGAAGAUGGGCUUCACCCACAGAAGGAUGCUAUAUACGAUAUGGUAGCAAAUAUCUGGAAAGACAUAAAAAAGAUGGGAUUCAUUCCGGAUACUGAAUCAGUACUGCAUGACCUUGAACAGGAAGUCAAGGAACAGAUUCUUCAACAUCAUAGUGAAAAACUUGCCAUCGCAUUUGGACUGAUAAGUACUCCAGAGAACAGUACGUUGAGAAUUAUGAAGAACCUUAGAGUGUGUAAUGACUGUCAUUCUGCCAUAAAAUUUAUCUCCAAGCUUGUGGGCAGAGAAAUUAUUGUGAGAGACUCUACUCGUUUUCACCAUUUCAAGGAUGGUUCUUGCUCUUGUCGGGAUUAUUGGUAGGCACAAGGAUGUUUCAAGAAACAUCUGACUUUUUCAUGUUUGUGCUACCUGCUUUUCUUAACGCCUUGAGAACAUUUACUAAUUGCUUGUGCGGGGUUGCUGUAUCUUUGGAGAUAGCAUGCAACUGCUUUGCCACAGUGGGUAUUUUCAACUUGGAUGUGACAUUUAUUGGAAGAUCUUUAUGCAUGAGUCAACCUGAAAAUAUCUAAAUUCUGCUCUUUCAAACCUAUGCAGGCUGCUCUCUUUUGAAGCUGCAGUUGUCAAACUUCUACAUCUUUUACUAACAAGGCCGGAGAGUGAAGGGACUUAAUGCAACCGUCCAUCGUUUUGAACUGAACCAAAAAGGAGAUUACAGUCCUCCACUUACGGUCUUUUUUGGAUCAGACAUGCCAUUAUACGCUCCAUGGCACUCUUCAAGCUUUACUCGUGUUUCAUUUGGCAUUGAAUCGAUAUUGCAGAGAGAAGAGACAGAUUCAGAAAGAAAGCAGCACAAGUAUCAGUCAUACUGAGAAUCAGAAUUGUAUAGAAGCAUUUAGCGUGUCCAUGAGAAAAUGCAAU